CAACGAAAGCGACAGUUAAGGGAAAUCUGUCUUGUUGGUUGGUCGUUAACGAGGCUCGCGUUAGACUUAUUUGGAAUCCACUUGUGAUUCUGAUAAUUAAAAUUCGUAUGUUUUGACGUUCUCAGCAUUCACCUUCGAAACUCACUUCAUCUGCUUAGUUUGCCCAAUGGAUACACGGAUGCAUGGAUUACUCAAUUGUUACACCAAAAAUAAUCACUGGAUAAAACUGUUGUGCAAUUGAAACUCUGUUCAUGGAUAUUUGGCAGCUUAACGUCGGUGGAGCUAACAGGGAAUGUGUGUGUCCUUGGACUUUUAUAGACUGAGUGCUGUGAGUUUUGGGGAUUCUCGAAUCGAUCUGAGCACAAAUUGAAUGAAAAUCUCUCGAGACACCGGAAUACACUGUGCGAGUUCUACCAGCCGUCAAAUGCUAAUGAACGACAAGUUGACUUUACAAAGACUAUUCCACAUACAGUAUGCUUACGUCAAUUAGUGUAAAUAGGAUAAACCUGAAGGAAAACGUGGAGCAGCUCAAUCAAGAGCUCUAUGUAUUAUUAUGAUUGCUAUAGACACUGUUUUGAUUUUCGUACCCGUGUACUCGUGAGCAUCAGAAGCAACAUCAACAGCACCAGCAGCACUAGCAGUGACCAACAGGACUGCGAUCGUAAUCUAACCAUUUUUGCGAAUGAAGAAUUGUUAGAAAAAAGCCACGGAUUAGCAGAUGUCAUUGCACUUUCUGGAUAAAUUUGAGAUGAACAAACUGAUUGAUCCAAGUUUAUGCAAUUUGGAAGCAAAAUAUCAAUUUAACUACACAAUACGGAAGAAAUGUCAUGAAAUUGACAUUGAACGUGAAAACAGCUACAGGAAAGGGUGGUAGAAAGCUGCAAAGUGUAUUUUGUAUGAGCGCGCAGAAGGCCUUGAAGCGGGUUGCUCUGAAGGAUACGUUCAAGGACCUACGUCAUAUAGCAACACGCAAGCUAUAACAGUGAGAACCCCAUCCGUUUAUGGCACGUUAGUUGUGUUGAAUCGGACUAACGCCACUUGCCGAAUGAACUUCUCCCGUAUCCUUAUAGUGAAAGGAUAACGAGUCCUAUGGUUACGGUAUAUCUCAAUCAUGGGGCGAAGAAUGUCGUUUGAUACUAUGCGCCACCCAAAGCAGCUGGGGUUGUAUUAGUGAGUGCCGCGGUCGCGUUUUUGUUGUUGUUUUUUUUCUUGGAUGAGUGCUCUCUCAGUGCCAGUGACACACUAUAUAGGCUUUGUUGGGAUUCGUUCUAUACACAAACGUGCUCCCUUGCCGUUCACGUUGGAUAGCUGGCUUUAUAUGUUUAUGUGCUCGUUUAUUUUCGUAUUUUAAUGCGUGAUUUACAAGUCAACAACACUCUAACGUUGGUGUGUCUGCGCUGGUAUACACACAGACGACCAAAGAUAUUAUUUUGAGUUUCCGAAAAUAUUGACCUUGAACUCGCGCGCUCGGUUCGCAAAACAGAGGGAGCUAACGAGCAAGAAGAAAAAAAAGCACACGUCGUUUUAUGAAGAAAAAAAGGAAAUAUUCGAUUGAUCCGUGCCUACGCGAGAAUGUGGUAGUGAGUGUGGUUAGAAAAAAAGGCUCUCCGUACAUACAGCAGACGUGUAUUUGAGUGUCGAAAUAAAUUUGCCGAAACGAAACAGAGGCCAAGUUCAGCUCUUUUAUUAUGAAAUGUCUCAAAAUCGUCGAUGUUUAUUCUUCCACAGGUUUUGUGCAAACGAGAGGAAAAGUAGAAUGUAGAACAGUGUGUCGCUCGGUCAGUGUUUGUCUCGAAGCUUUUUGCAAGCGAAAUUUAAUUCGGUAAAAUGCAGUGCAUGAAUAAAAUCGUACAGGACGAUAAGGAUACGCCAGAUAUAAGGACAUUCGUCAUCAGUGAAAACCAGCAUAUUAUGUACUCACCGCGAAGUGUGGAAUCAAGAAGACCUGUGAAAGUUACAAUAACAACUCCUCAGACUUCAUCCACCUCGAUGGUUGCAUCCUUCAGUAAUCAUCAGCAGCAGGAUCGUACAGGAAAUCAAUUAGCAACAAAAACAUUGAUCAAACAGUGUGAAAAUGAACCACCAGUCCAGGCACAAGAAGUUCAUGUUAUAAGAGAUGGUCGUUUCUAUGAUCAUCAUCACAACCAUGCGACUCCACCACAUCUUGCUCAGAACUCUGUACACCUGAGCUUGGUGCCAUCUUCGUCAAUUUCGAGUGAACUUUCCAUCAGAAACGUUGACAGCAGAUGCAGUGAUGGCAAUUCAAACCGCCCACCUCUACCAUUGCAUCACCAAUCUGCCAACACCAUAAUACUCGACGCUCCUCCACAUUCUACGGUGUCCAGCACCAAGCCUCAUCUUAUGGUCGUUCAGCAGCAUCAUCUACAACAACAGCAACAACAUCAUGUGACCUCUAUGCAACCUCCCCCGCCUCCACCUCCACCUGGGAACGCAAUCAACAACAGUCCUGGUGGAAACGGUAUUAUACCGAAAAUGAAAGGUUCGCUAGAGGAACCGUCCAGUUCAAUGCCUGAUUUAGAAUUCGACGGUACCACAGUGCUUUGUCGAGUGUGUGGUGACAAAGCUUCCGGUUUCCAUUAUGGAGUGCAUUCUUGCGAAGGCUGCAAGGGAUUCUUCAGGCGCUCGAUUCAGCAGAAAAUCCAGUAUCGCCCUUGCACUAAAAAUCAGCAAUGCAGUAUACUCAGAAUUAAUCGUAAUCGGUGUCAGUAUUGCAGACUGAAAAAAUGUAUAGCCGUUGGAAUGAGUCGCGAUGCUGUCAGAUUUGGUCGCGUUCCGAAGCGCGAAAAGGCCCGCAUCCUGGCGGCCAUGCAGCAAAGCACCCAGAAUCGAGGAAACCAACGAGCGCUGGCCACCGAACUGGACGACCAGCCGCGGCUUCUGGCCGCUGUGCUGCGAGCCCACAUGGAAACGUGCGAGUUUACGCGUGAAAAGGUCACCUCGAUGCGACAACGGGCUCGCGACUGUCCUUCCUACUCCAUGCCAACUCUGGCAUGUCCCUUGAACCCGGCUCCCGAGCUUCAAUCCGAGCAGGAGUUUAGUCAGCGUUUUGCUCACGUCAUCCGAGGAGUGAUCGACUUUGCUGGAAUGAUUCCCGGCUUCCAACUAUUGACUCAGGAUGAUAAGUUCACGCUCUUGAAAGCAGGUCUUUUUGAUGCUCUGUUCGUGCGACUGAUCUGCAUGUUCGAUACUCAAAUCAACUCAAUCAUCUGUCUGAACGGCCAGGUUAUGCGCCGAGAUGCCAUUCAGAAUGGUGCUAAUGCACGUUUCUUAGUGGAUUCGACAUUCAAUUUUGCCGAGCGAAUGAAUUCGAUGAACCUGACAGAUGCAGAGAUUGGUCUGUUCUGUGCCAUCGUGUUGAUUACACCCGAUCGACCUGGACUGCGAAAUGUAGAGCUCAUAGAACGAAUGUACAGCAAGCUUAAGUGUUGCCUACAGUCUAUCGUGUCCCAAAAUCGGCCAGACAAACCCGAGUUCAUGCAAGAGCUUUUGAGAACGAUGCCAGAUUUGAGGACACUGAGCACGUUGCAUACUGAGAAGCUGGUCGUGUUCCGUACUGAACAUAAGGAAAUGUUACGCCAGCAAAUGUGGAAUGCAGAAGAAGAACUCGCCAAAAGCCCCAACUCGAACACGUGGAGCUGUGAUGGCAACAACGUGGAAGAUGCAGCAAAGAGUCCGAUGGGCUCGGUGUCUAGUACUGAAUCAGCUGAAACUUCCGAGUACUCUCAUUCCGCAUCGUCUCUCAGUGCAUCGGCACCCUUACUGGCAGCUACCCUGUCGGGACAAUGUCCCAUUCGCCAUCGAGCUAGUUCCGGAUCGUCAGCAGAGGAUGACAUAAUCGGCGGUACGGCGCAUUUGGCUCAAAACGGACUAACAAUUACACCAGUGAUUCGUUCUGUUGGUACACAUCACGUUCGCUACCGAAAGCUUGACUCCCCCACCGAUUCUGGCAUCGAGUCCGGCAAUGAAAAGCUUGAUCAUAAACCGGUCAGCAGUGGAUCAUCGUCUUGCUCCAGUCCGCGAUCGUCGUUGGAAGAUCAGUCGGACGAGAAGCGGCACAUCGUAGAAAACAUGCCAGUAUUGAAACGAGUCCUGCAGGCUCCCCCACUGUACGAUACCAACAGCUUAAUGGAUGAAGCGUACAAGCCGCACAAAAAAUUCCGAGCAAUGCGCCACCGAGAGAGCGAAGCGGAACCUGCUCCAAGUUCUUCAUCUUCGUCCACGAUAACACUCUCAUCACAUUCGCCUAAACCAUCAUCGUCGGUCUCUGUGGUGUCUUCACAGCACAGCAGUGCGGGACCGGGACAAUCUUCACCCCAGCAGCCGCAAUCCCAGCUUCAUAUGCAUUUAACGCGACCACUACAUCAGUCACCACACCAAAGCCUUCACCACCAUCAACAUCAGGCAGCGACACCCCCCAACAGCCAUCAAUCGUCUUCCCUAUCCAGCACACACUCGGUCCUAGCCAAAUCAUUGAUGGAACAACCCACAAUGACGCCGGAGCAAAUGAAACGCUCGGACAUCAUACACAACUACAUCAUGAGGGAAUCCCAGCAUCAUCCUGACCAGGGCUCGUACCGGAGCGGCCUGUUAGUGUGCAGCCCGAGGUCUUCCUCCGUGUCACCACUUGCUUCAAGUAGUAGCAGUAGCAGCAGCAGCUCAUCGUCUUCUGGUAACGGUUGUCCGUUCUCCGGUAGCGGUAACGGUAGCAAUCUCAGCAAUACCAGAUGGCAGGGUGGACCAACGAGCGUCAUUACUACAACCCGCCAACAAACACCUUCCCCAUCGCUCAAUUCCACCGGAAGUGCAGAUACUUCCUCUUCUUCCAGCAGCAGCAGCAGCAGUAAUAGCAUUCGCUAUUUCCAAUCCCCACAUUCGACAUCGAUCUCCCCGCCAGCCACGUCAGUAGCUCAGGCCAGCACCACUACUGGCCCCAUCGGUUCUCCUCAACCGGUGGCGGUGGCGGCUCCAACGCCAUCUCCCCGACUUGUGGAACUGCAGGUUGACAUUGCCGGUGGGUCAACGACGGGUGCUACUGAUGCACCGCUAAAUCUUUCCAAAAAAUCACCCUCCCCCUCUCCCGCCCGCAACUGUCCCCAGGGAUUUUCGUCCACUUCUACCACCUCAACAUCCGCCGCAACCACCACUAUUCAAAAAGUGCUUCUCGAAGCAUAAACAUCAUAAAGAAUCACGAUGGAACUGACAGAAAGCAUACAAGCAGAAAAAGAGGCAGAUCAGUUUUUACAACUGUACAAAUCUUAACUGUAAGAAUGGUACACUAUACUAGAACGGUAAUAUUUUAUAUUAAAAAAAAACAACAACAAAAGAAAACUAAUCACAAAAUGUAGUGGAUCAGUACGAAAAACUACUAAAAUUCCUAUUGAUUGGACGGAGGAGGAUCAGAAAGAACACAAACAAACCAGAGAUGAACAAAGCAAAUGCAAACAAUGUUGAUAUUUUAUUAAAUGAGGAUCUCUUUUUCCCCUCCACGUGAGCUAUUGGAAAUGCUGGCUGGCCAGAAGUGAUUGGUAGCAGAAUCAGAUUCCCUCCCUUUUUGAGGCAAAACUAAAAAAAACGGGGAAAACACACACACACAUUAGAAAUGAACCAAGCCAAACAGAAGACAGAGUACGCUGAGCAGUUUUUAGCGGAUAGGACAACACCUUGACACAUUAACAAAAUGUUCCAAACGAUACUAAGUCCAUUCAGAUGAGAAUUUUUACUGGAAACUGGAAUCAUCUAACACACUACAUACCAGAACUAGGUGAAAUGAACGCAAUAUGUACCAAAAUGGUACUGAUAAUGGAAUUUGAGGGUGUGUAGAGAAACAAGAAUGGGAACAUUGCCGGCACAUUUUUUUUUUUCACUAAUUUCUAAGUGAGUACGCAUGAGACAAGAAUACAGCGAGACAGUUCAAUACUAGGUACAUGGUGAACAAACGUGCAAACAUAUUUUAGGACAGAGGAUAUUACAGUUAAAGUGACAGUACGAAGCUGUAACUCCAUGGGCAGGAAAAAACUACACGGAAGUUAUUGAUUUGUUUUAAAUAAUUUCACACUGUAUCAGAUUUUUUAAUCCUACUUUUCAAAAGAAGCACAGAAAAAUAACACUCGAGUGACUACCUCUGCAUUCUUUUGCGAUUGGAAAGCUUUCGCUUGUGGAGAAUUAUCAUGUUGAACAUUGUACAUAGUGUAAUUAAACUAUUAUAAUUAUUAUAUUUAAUAUAACUAUUUUUAUUUUAACAAACUGUGCAGAUUUUUAUUUAUUGAAACAAUUGCUUAUUAUAAUUUUUAUUAUUAUUGAUUUUUUCUUUAUGUUUUUUUCAAUUUAAAUGCACUGUAAAUAAAUGCAAAGUUAUUGUAAAACAACCAAGAAACCACGUUUUAAUUUAAAGCAAGACCAUUUUUAAUGAGAUAAUUUGUUCUUUUCUAAAUAUUUUUUAUGAAAGCAGAAAACUUUAUCAAAACUAAGACAUAAGAAUCAAUGUUUUUAAAGUAACAAAAAAAAAAUUAAGUUUAAAAAACUUGAACGAAAAGAGGAGUGAUUCUAUCAAUUUAUACUACUACUAAGCAGUGUGUGAAGAAGCAGAAAGUGAGAUAUGGAUUUAAUAUGGAGCAAAACGUACAUACACGGAAACAAAUCCUUUAAAAUGUGCAACAGAAAAACAACCCUACAAGAGUAAGCAAAAAAAAAGGUUUAGAAAUAGAAGUAUAGCUGUGUAUCUUUAAAAAAAGAAUAAAAAUCCAUUGAAAUUGAGACACAAAAAAAUCAUAAGCAAUUAAGCUAAUGAGAAAAAAAAAAAAACAAAAAAAUAUAAAAAAGCUAAAUUCAUAUUACUGUAUUGAAAACAACCCUAUAAUUAAAAACCACAAAAUAGAAUACACAAGGAUAAUAAGAGUAAGAACAGGCAGAAUAACUGAGUAAAAUACAAGUACAGAUGAGAAAAUCAAGGAACAAACAUUUUCGAGAACAGGAAACACAAGAGACAUUAAAAUCAGUUGAAUUGAGGUAUGAUUGAAUGAAAUAAAGUAUUAAAUAUUGCUUCAUUGUUGCAAUUAAUAUGAA